AUGGUCGAGCCCAAGAAGAUGAAGGUCGCGGAGCUCCGCGCGGCGCUCGCCGAGCGCGGCCUGAGCACGGACGGCCUCAAGGCCGUCCUCGUCGACCGGCUCCAGCUCGCGCUCGACGAGGAGGAGUUCGGCCUCGACGAGCCCGCGGCCGCCGCGCCGGCGCCGAGCCCCGAGAAGGCCCCGGCGCCGUCGCCCAAGGCAGCAAAGCCGCCCGCGCCGGCCCCCGCGCCGCCGCCCGCGCCGGAACCGGCGGCCGCCGAGCCCGCGGCCGAGCCCGCGCCUCCAGCAACGGAGGAGCUGAGCGAACUGGAGAAGAAGAAGGCCGCGCGCGCCGCGCGCUUCGGCAUUCCAUUGUAUGUGGCGCCGAAGGACAAGAAACAAAACGACAAGAAGAAGAAAAAGAAGCGCGCCGAGCGCUUCGGGUUGCCGGACCCCGACGCCGACGAGGCGAAGAAGAAGGCUAGGAAGGAGAGAUUUGAAGACCCUAGAGCCAAAGAAGAGGCGGCCAAAAAAGCGGCAAGGGCCGAGCGGUUCAAGGACCCGGCCGUCAAGGCGAACGAGGCCAAGCUCAAGGCGCGGGCCGAGCGGUUCGCGCCGCCUUCUUGAAGUGUGGACCGGCGUCCUUCUUAUUUACGCUGGCCUUUCGGAGCUUCGUCUUCGUCCGUAGACGCCGCUCCAGUUCUGCCGGCGCAGAGCAUCCGUUGUCUGCCACCGACCCCCGGGCGGUUCUUGCGUUUCCGCGCGCGCGGGUGGUGCGGGCGCACACACGUUUCUUUUGCUCCACAGGUUUUUUCGCGGCGACGCGGACGCGCGUCGCGGUGGUAGGGGGGUAAGGGAC